AUGGCCAGGUGCUGCUAUGGCUCCGUGUUGGUGCCGGUGCUCAGCUACAAGUUCCAGCGUUUCUGGAGGGAGCACAGCCCAUCUGCUGCUGUGAGGGGCCAGCCUGCCGAGUGGAGGCUGCAGUCUGCCCAGGACGCGCCCAUCCUUAAGAUCCUGGUGUCUUCCCUGGUCGCAGGUGCCUCUGCUCUCCUGUCAUCCCCAGAAUGCCGCGGCUGCGCCGCCACCGGCUCCCUGCCUGCCACCUCUGGCUCCAAGUGCCAGUGGCCUGGGGAAGUCAGCAACAAGGACAGACUGGAAAGAUCGUCGGGACUGAGGAUUCUUCAGGCCGGAGCGGGGUCGAAAAGCAAGCUCAAGCUCCCACCUCGCCCCGCGGAGCAGGAGGACUCGGCCAAGUUCCUGGUGCUCACGCUGCUGUCCAUCGCUGCCAUCCUGGGCGUCCUGCUGGCCUCGGGGCUUCUCAGGGAGAAGCUCUGGGGCCUGGCGGGCGCCCCGGGCCCUGACGCCACUGCAGCCUACCAGGUAAGGGCCUCCUGCCCGGCGCUGCCCCUCUGGGAACAGAUCGCACAUAAGGCCGCACUCGACGGGCCAAUGCCCAGCCCUUCCGUGCGGAGCAGCACCUCGUCCUGGUCCGAGGAGCCGGCGCUGCCCAACAUGGACAUCUCGACCGGCCACAUGGUCCUGGCCUACAUGGAGGACCACCUGAGGAACAAGCACCGGCUGGAGCGGGAGUGGGAGGCGCUGUGCGCGUACCAGGCGGAGCCCGACAGCGCGCUCGUGGCCCAGCGGGAGGAGAACGCGCCCAAGAACCGCUGCCCAGCAGUGCUGGCCUUUCAUCAUCACCAAUCCAGGAUUAUAUGAAAUGCUGAAGGGUCACUCAACAACUCGGACUACAUCAACGCCAGCCCCAUUAUGGACCACGACCCCAGGAGUCCGGCUUACAUCGCCGCCCAGGGGCCGCUGCCCGCCACCGUGGCUGACUUCUGGCAGAUGGUGUGGGAGAGCGGCUGUGUGGUCCUCGUCAUGCUGACCCCGCUGGCGGAGAACGGCGUCCGGCAGUGCUACCACUACUGGCCCGACGAGGGCUCCAACCUCUACCACAUCUACGAGGUGAACCUGGUCUCUGAGCACAUCUGGUGCGACGACUUCCUCGUGCGGAGCUUCUACCUGAAGAACCUGCAGACCAGCGAGACGCGCACGGUGACCCAGUUCCACUUCCUGAGCUGGUAUGACCAGGGCGUGCCGUCCUCCACGCGGUCCCUCCUGGACUUCCGCAGAAAAGUAAACAAGUGCUACAAAGGCCGCUCUUGUCCAAUAAUUGUUCACUGCAGCGAUGGCGCGGGCAGGAGCGGCACCUACAUCCUGAUCGACAUGGUUCUCAACAAGAUGGCCAAAGGCGCUAAAGAGAUCGACAUCGCAGCCACCCUGGAGCACCUGAGGGACCAGAGGCCAGGCAUGGUCCAGACCAAGGCGCAGUUCGAGUUCGCGCUGACAGCGGUGGCCGAGGAGGUCAACGCCAUCCUCAAGGCCCUUCCCCAGUGAGCGGCCUGCCGCCCGGCCGCCAGCCGCGGGGGUCGCGGUGUCAAAUAAGCGUCUCCAGUGUAACUGCCCAAUAACAAGGCCCCCAAACCCAUAGGCACUACAGCUUAGCAGCUAAAAAUGUGCAUUUUUGUUCAAUUAAAUAAUAAUGAAGAGAGGUUUGUGGGAUCGUCCAGUUUGGGGGGCAACCUGUCCAUCUAUCCUCGCCGUCUUGAAAAGAAUUCCAUUUUCCUUAAAGUUCAGUUCUCGCUCUCAGUCGCAAAUACUAUUGUGUUUCCACUGCGCGGCUCACGUAUGUGUGCUCCUGGGAGGCGGCCUGUGACCUGUAACUUCCCAGGUCAUCGGCCGCGGGGGGCGGGGCGGGGGCGCUUGUCAUUAGGAGGCUCCUCCGAGGAGAGACCGGGCCUGUCAGGAGCGAGAUGGACAGAACUGGUGACCUGCAGCUUUGGGACCAAUAACAACGAAAUUGUCCCAGCAUCCUUCCUGCUCUGGGCGGCCGCCCUCCCCUGAGCACUGCUCACCGCCACACGCUCCAGCUGCGGGGGGCAGGGCCCCAGGGGCAAGCACUUCCCAGCCACGCAGGGGUGACAGGUCUCCUCGGCAAGAUCGUACGUGAGCCCCAACCUUGGGAGCAUUUUCAGCUGUAGAAACGGGUUUACACACAGCAGACACCGACGAACACUUUCCUGAGGGAAAGCCUACAUCAGGGGACCGGUCGGGCGUGGGGCCCUCGCGAGGUUCCCAAAGAGCCCACGUCCCAUCAGCGCCCCUCUCACGGGCGCCCUGGAGCCGCCCCCCACGCCUCUCUCCGUGCGAGCAGAGCAGCUGCGAGCGGAGACCACCAGCGCCUCCCCGCAGGUCGGACCGGCCGCUGAGGUUGGCCACUGCUGUCACAGACAAGCCGCGGGAGGUGGCGCAGGUUUGCCAACGUGGCCAUGAGUGUCGGCCUGACUACCCCAUGCCAGAGAGAGCAGAAAUCCCAGCCAUUAACUCAGGACAGCCAGGUCUGAGGACGGCGGCUGCACGCGCAGUGUCAUCCUGCGGUCGGUGCAAAGGGGCAGUGUGGCCCCGUCCCCUCCCGCCCCUGCCCGGCUCCAGCCCCAGCAGAUGCCACAAGCCUUGAGAAAGUGACCUGCCGAACGGGAGAAAGAUGCCAAAAUAUCGUUUGUGUCUUUAAUGUCGUGUGUGCGUGUGCUGUAAACUCGCUGUAAUUUCCCCAGAGCUAUUUCUCUAUCUGGAAAUCUCCAUGAUUCACAGAGGCUAACUUCUCUGAACACAGGAAGCAUAUACCGGCUGUAACUCCAGCUCCUGCGGUCCAGGGCACCUGUGCUGUGGGGGGUGUAUGCAUCCAACUGAGCCACAUUAAAGUGCCGCUUCCACACGCAAUGGUCUCUA